GGUCUUCCCCCUGUAACCACCAUCACACCCCUUCUUCAUUGAACGAAAACCGUCACCUGUGGUAUUUUAGGGAAAGCUGUCAAUGAAAGAGCAGUAGGAAGUUCGGUGCCAUGGAAGUCUUCAGAUUUCAUAGAAGAUGUUCAAUCGUCGUGUGGGUCCUCAUAGGAUGUGCAUUCAUCUACUUAACAACAACCAACCACAAGUUCCACAAUCUUCGAGUCUUUGGGAAAAACAGUCAAGAAAGUACUCAAGACAGUGCUAAUUCGUUUGUCACAAGUUCGGCACCUGAAGAUAGUUCUUCUCUACCCCUUCGAGGUCCUGGUGACUCCAAACUUCCAUUCCAGAACAAGAUUGCUGCCCAGUUACAAGAUCCUCCAAAGGAUAUAUACGUUGAGAAACCCGUGGCAAAAGGUUCUAUAGAUCCUAAGCUUAAGAAAAUACUGUUUUGGAAUGAGAUGGUAGUAGAGCAAGGCAGGGCCAAGCAUUUCGAUAUUGGCUUUGGUCAGGCGCCUUUCAUCCUCGGUAAGUGUCCCAUCAACACUUGCUUCACAACAUCAGAUCGUGGGCUGUUCAAGCAUGAUGAGAUUGACGCUCUUAUUUGGCACUUUAGAUCUGAGGAUAGAUCUCUGCCAAAAGUAAGGUCACCGCACACCCGAUGGGUAUACUGGAAUAUAGAAUCACCAUCAUACCUCUUCGGGGACCUCCGUCAUUAUCAUGGUUUAUUCAACUGGACCUUCUCAUACGUACUCGACUCCGAUUUCCCUUACCCAUACGACGUCGUGUACCGCCGUCGGAAGCCGCUCCCAGAAAUUGAUUACCAGAACACGACAUCGAAAAAGACGAAACUGGCCGCUUGGUUCGUCACUAACUGUAACGCUGUCAGCAAGAGGCAUCUGUUCGUCAAAGAGCUACAAAAAUUCAUGCAGGUGGACAUUUACGGCCGCUGUGGAACAAUGAGCUGUGAUUGCGGGGGUGAAUGCGCCCUCAAACAACCGGAUUAUUGUUACGAGAUGGUGGAGAGAGAAUACAAGUUUUAUCUGGCUUUUGAAAACUCUCUCUGUAAAGACUACGUCACCGAGAAAUUUUUCAACACAUUAAGAUUUAACGUUGUUCCUGUGGUUUACGGUUUUGGGAAUUACUCAGCUCUUGGUCCGCCGCAUUCCUAUAUCAACGCUCUUGAUUUCGGGUCAGCGAAAGAACUGGCAGAAUUCCUCCUCAAACUAGACAAAGAUGAUAAAGCAUACAACGAAUACUUUCGGUGGAAGCGGUACCACCAUUUCACGUCAAGAUGGGUGAGGGCUUUGACUCCCUGGUGCGAACUCUGCAAGCGUCUCCACACAGACAAUGAGACCAAGACGAGCGACCUGCAUACGUGGUACGCGACGGAUGCACAUUGCCAGUAUUCCUUCGAAGACGCGAGAAAUUUUUACAUUGGGAAAAAAACAUAGGAGGUUUGUGUCCUGGAUACCAAGAUGCAAGUAACUUGCUGUGCUAUACAGUCCAGAUCGUCCUUUGGACAUAUUUUAUGUAAAUAAAUUAUUAUUGAUAACUUAGAAA